CUCUGAGAGUGGUAGAUAACAAGUACUGUGUAAGGUACACAUUACUGUAGUGUAGAUAAUUACGCUAUCCGAAUAAUAAACAUCAGUUUAUUGUUUCGUUUCUGAAGAGACACCCGUGAUAGCAAUGGCCACUCACCGAGCACCAACCACGUUUCUCCAACCCUAGGAGAGCUACAAGCUGUGGGGCGGCAUGUUCUCCGAAGAGCCGUGCUCGGCGCUGCGCCGCCUCAACGACUCGCUGCCGGUGGACUGCCGGCUGUACCGCGAGGACCUCCGCGGCAGCCGCGCCUGGGCCGCCGAGCUGCACGCCAGUGGCCACCUCACUGCCGUCGACCAUCGGGAUAUACAGACGGGACUUGAUAAGGUGGAAGCCGAGCUAGAAGCAGAGCUCUCCCGACACGGGCGCCUGGUCGACAGCGCGGAGGACAUCCACUCGGCCGUGGAGGGCCGGCUGCGCGCGCACGCGGGGGCGGCGGCGCUGCGCCUGCACACGGCCAGGAGUCGCAACGACCAAUCAGCGACGGACACCAGACUGUGGAUGCUGGGCGCACUGGAGGCGGUGCAGCGGGAGUUGAAGGAUAUGAUCACGGUGAUGCUGAAACGAGCGGAACUCGAAAUAGAUAUAAUAGCGCCCGGAUACACGCAUCUACAACGCGCGCAGCCCAUCCGAUGGAGCCACUUUCUACUUAGUCACAUAUGGGCCCUGCGCGACGACGUGGCCCGGCUCAAGGAGCAGACCGGCCGCGCCUCGCGCAGCCCGCUGGGCAGCGGCGCGCUGGCCGGCUGCGCGCUGGGCAUAGACCGGAGCCGCCUGGCCCAGCGGCUAGGGUUCCGGGACGUCACGCCCAACUCCAUGUAUGCCGUGUCUUGUCGGGACCAUGUGGUUGAAUUCCUCAACACAGCGUCACUCUGCGGCGUUCACCUGAGCCGAUUAGCGGAAGAUUUAAUCAUCUACAGCACGCAGGAGUUCGGUUUCGUGAAGUUCACUGAUGAAUUCUCUACGGGCUCCAGUCUCAUGCCACAGAAGCGCAACCCUGACGGUCUAGAGCUGGUGCGAGGGGCGGCCGGCCUCCUCAUGGGAGAUGCCUUCGCCUUCAGCUGCGUACUGAAAGGAUUACCGAGCACCUACAAUAAGGAUCUGCAGUCCGAUAAAGAGCUUCUGUUUAGAUCAUACGACAAGCUGAUGCAAUGUAUUAAAGUUGCAUCCGGCUGUAUCGAUACUAUGAGCGUAGACAGCGACAAGGCCUUAAGCUGCCUCGAACCCAGCAUGCUGGCCACGGACCUGGCGCACUGGCUGGUCCGUCGAGGGGUGCCGUUCCGCGCCGCGCACCACACGGUCGGGGCGGUGCUGCGCAGGGCCCAGGAGCUCGGGGUGGACCUGCAGGCGAUGCCGCAUGCAGAAUAUGUCGCUAUUUGUCCCGAGUUUGGUAGUGAAGAGGAGCUGCGGUCAGUGUUCAGCUGGGAGGCGAGCGUGGAGCAGUACACCACCGCCGGCGGCACCGCCCGGGCCGCCGUGCAAGACCAAAUAGAACAGCUCAAAGCCUGGCUAGCGGAAUAGAACUAAUGAUGAUGAUGAUGAACUGAUGAAAUAUAGUUGUAUAUUGAAGUA